CUAUUCACAGACCUUAAUCAAACUCCUCCCUCUAUCUCUGUCUCUAUCCUCUGGUUGGUAGUCUCUAAAGUUUUGCCUCACUCUGGUCUCCCUCCCCAUAUACAGGCGGUCAUCAACUUGUUGCAUGCCAAGUUAGGUCGGCCCAAACUUAGAGACAUGGGUUUCGCCCGAAGCGCAACAAUGAGGAGCGGGGAGUACCUGGAGGGGAUGAUAAACGACUAUGUCGGAAGCAAGGGCGGCAGCAAUAAGAUGAAGCCCCACCGGGCUUCGUCGGCUCGGCUAGUGGCUGCCCUUACGUGCUUGCAGUUCACGUUCGCAGUCUACGCCACGUUCCUGCUGUACUACAUGAGCCCAGCGGUCGACCUGAGGCCCAGGCCCGACUUCUCAUGGGCCACCCGGAUGGCCAACCAGUGGAAGCAGCUGAUCAUCCCACCCCAUGUGCUGAGCCGAUACCAGGACUCGGCCAACUCUCUCGUGCAGGGAGAGACUGGCUCGAAUGCACUCCUCCUCCGGCCCAUCACCCCGUCGGAGGUGUGCGAGCAGGAGAAGAUCGACUUCGUGCAGAAGAAAUCGAACGACGCUGUCAUGAUCAAGCUCAAGAGAGAGCUGUAUGACGAGGUAAGGGAGUUUCAGAAGAAGUCCUUUGGGGCAGAGACUUUGCCCCAGCUGAUGGCCACGAAGUCCAAGUGGGCCCUGCAGGGCCCAAACAGGCCGAAGAUCACUGUGAUUUUGAACCAUUUCAAGAGGAAGACUCUCUGUGCUCAGCUUGAUUCCCUCCUUCAUCAGACCCUUCCUUUCCACCAGGUUUGGGUGCUCUCAUUCAGGAGCCCAAACGAGCUCUCACUCCGAAGGAUCGUCGAGAGCUACAAUAACUCGAGGAUCAGCUUCAUCAGCUCCAGCUACGACUUCAAGUACUAUGGCAGGUUCCAGAUGGCACUACAAACGGAGGCAGAUCUCGUGUACAUCCUAGACGAUGACAUGAUCCCGGGGAGGAAGAUGUUGCAGAUACUAGCCCACGUUGCAGGGACGGAGAAGUACAGGAAUGCCGUCCUAGGGAGCAUUGGGAGAAUCCUCCCAUUCAGGCAGAAGGACUUCACUUUCCCGAGCUACCGGAAGUUCCGGUCCAAGGAGGCAGGCCUUUACCUUCCUGACCCGGCAUACGACAUAACCGUGGACCGAAUUGUGCAGGUGGACUUCCUCUCGAGUUCGUGGUUCCUCUCAGCUGAGCUUGUGAAGACGCUCUUCAUCGAGACACCAUUCACCUUCAUGACCGGCGAGGAUCUCCACCUUAGCUACCAGCUCCAAAAGUACCGGAAUGCGGGCUCGUUCGUGCUGCCAGUGGACCCAAAUGACAAGGAGACAUGGGGGGACAGCGAGCACAGGCUCGCAUACGUGUCCGAGACCACGGUUAUAUUCAAGGACAUAGUCCAGGUCCGGGAUGACCAGUGGUGGCGAGCCCUCUCAACGGGCUACAUCACCCAGUGGGCAGCCAUGUACCCACAGAAGAUUGAUGCCCUCUUCUAUGCUCAUUCCAUCUCUGAGGUCCGCUCCCUUGGCCCGCUCCUGGACAAGUUCCGAUCCACUGUCGGAAGGAAGGCCUACAUUGCUGUCUCUGGCGGUACCUUCUGCCCUUGCGAGGAGGCUGCUGCCGCCCUCAAGUGGCCAAAGACAGUGUGCAGGGAAAGGCGGUUCAAGAUUUUCGACCUUGGGGUGGAGGCUGUGGCUGCUGUGUCAGGCUCCGAGGUCCCGGUGGUGCAGGCAGUGUACUCGAGCAUGAAGGGGCUUAUCAAGAUCCACAAUCCUAGUGUGGUGAUCACAGUGGAUGAUAUCGACACAAACGUGAGGAAGGCCCUGAAGAUGGCGGCAGAGAGUGGCGGCAAUGGAACGACCCUGGUGGUUCUGCCGAAGCUGUCCGUGCCCAAGGUCCUCUGGAUGGCUGAUCUCCGGCCCACUGCCUUGCCCAAUUGGAACAAGAUGCGGAUCUCCAUCAACAUAAUCACCCAAAAUCGCGCAACAUCGCUUAAAAGGCUACUUGACUCACUUGCUAAAGCGUACUAUCUUGGCGAUGAAGUCCCAAUUAGCUUCAACAUGGACAGUAAGGUCGAUGGAGCCACCAUAAAGCUAGUGAGCUCCUUCAAUUGGCCUCAUGGACCGAAGACGCUCCGGAGGAGGAUCAUCCAAGGUGGGCUGAUCAGGGCGGUCAGUGAGAGCUGGUACCCUGCAUCGGAUGACGAUUAUGGCCUUCUGCUCGAGGACGACAUCGAGGUGUCCCCGUACUAUUACUUGUGGAUCAAGUAUGCUCUCCUGGCCUAUCAUUACGACCCACAAAUCUCCCUUCCCGAGCUAUCCUCGAUCUCCCUGUACACUCCAAAGCUGGUCGAGGUGGUCAAGGAACGACCUAAGUGGAACGCGACUGAAUUCUUCAAGAACAUCCACCCGAACACGCCUUACCUGCACCAGCUUCCCUGCAGCUGGGGGGCGGUCUUCUUCCCGAAGCAAUGGAGGGAGUUCUACGUGUACAUGAACAUGAGGUUCACCGAAGACGCAAAGGCGAACCCGGUGCAGAUCCCCAAGUCCCGGACCAACGGGUGGCAGGCAUCGUGGAAGAAGUUCCUGAUCGACAUGAUGUACCUCCGGGGCUAUGUGAGCCUUUACCCCAACUUCCCUAACCAGGCUAGCUUUUCGACCAACCAUAUGGAGCCCGGCGCCCACAUCAGUGCCAAGGACAACAUGGUCAGGCACAACAAGGGCGACUUCGAGGUGCCGCUGCUGAAGGAGGACUUCCGGACCUUGUUGCCUAAUGGGAAGUUGCCUCCAGCCUCAAGGUUACCGUCACUGAACCUCUUCAAUCAGCCGCUCUCGCUAAAGGGGUUAAAGGCGGCAGGGGCCAAGUUGGGGCAGGACGUGCUGAGCUGUGAUAACAGGACCGAGAUCGUGGCAGUCCAUCAAGACACAGGGCUCCCGAUGGCGUGCGCAAAGUUCUGAUUCGAAACGCGUUCCGGCAAUUGGUUAUUCUUUUCUUCUUUACCAUAGAAGAUUUGUUUUUAUGUAAAAUCUCAAACUUUUGAUGGUAACUUUUGAAAAAAAAAAAAAACUUGAUCAUGAGCCCUCUAACAAUGAAAGAGAUUGGGGGAAAUUAAUUAAGCAAUGUAUUGAUGAGUAAAAAAAUUGAUAUUCCAAACUGAUAAACGCCUGCAGAUUGUUCUCA